AAAAGGGACGAUUAAGAUAAAAACUGAGUAAAGCUACAGCGACGAACAGUUGUCUGAAAUCACUGGAUGUAAACAUUACUUAACCAGUUUAAGAGUGAUAUUCAUUGUGUACGUGAGAAACCUCCCAUUCAAAUUGAUAGAAUCGCUUUUUACCAUAGCAGUGUUGCGUUAAAGUUUGUUGAAUCAACUCGUACCAUGUGGAAGGUCAUAGUGCUGAUCGUCGGAGUGGUGACCGCCGCACCGACGAACGAAGAAAAUCUUAACUUUGUACCUUUAAACGAAUUCGCUUUGACACUUCUGGACAACGCUUACGGAGCACAGUCGCUAUUAGGAAGAAAGAACAUUGCAAUAUCACCGUUGUCUGUAUGGAGCGUAUUCUCUUUGCUAGCAGAAGGGUCGUCUGGAGAAACGUUUCAUGAAUUGAUGAAAGGAUUAAGACUGCCAAGAGAUUUGAGAGCAACACAAGCGUUACAUUUUGGCGCGAGAAGCAUUUUGAAGAGGAAUAACAAUGAUGUAACACUAAAUGGAAAAUCUGCUAUAUUUUCUGAAUGCAGUCUCGUUAUUCAUCCUGAAUUUUGUCAAGCAGCCUUAGGAUACAACACAGAUAUUUAUUCAGUUGAUCCUAGUAACACGACAAAAUUGGCUAACGAUAUCAAUUACUACGUGUGUAUAGCUACUGAAGGCCAGAUUUUCAAUGCAGUGAAGCCAGAGUUUUUGGAAAAUCUGAAGAUGAUUAUCGUAGACGCUGUAUACUUCAAGGCCAAUUGGACUGUGCCAUUCAAUCCUUCGCAAACGAAAGAAGAAUCUUUCUACAGCAGUCAAGGAAAAUCUAUUGGAUUAGUGAACAUGAUGUAUCAUAAAACGCACCAUCGUUUUGCAGAUGUAGACGAAAUUGGAGCUCAAGUUUUGGAAAUGGCAUAUGGAAGAGACGAACAGUUUUCAAUGCUGAUUCUUCUGCCUUCUGAUGGCAUACCGAUAAAAUCUCUUUUGAGCAACUUGGUAUCUCAACCAAUGAGUUGGAUUGAUGCCCUGAAAGAUUCAGGAAAUGUGAACAUUGACUGUUAUAUCCCUAGAUUUAAAAUAUCUUGCCAAACUGAUUUAGUCCCUCCAAUGCAAUAUUCGGGAAUUUUAUCUAUCUUUGACAAGCAGAAGGCGCAAUUACCUGGUGUUUCUGACGUUCCCCUGUUUGUAUCAAAGACUAUACAAAAUGUUGAAAUUGAUGUGAAUGAAAGUGGUACAGUUGCUGCAAGUUCUACGGUUGUGGGGUUGGAAAAUAGAGUGUUGGGCCAAAGGUUUGAAGCGAAUAAGGAAUUUGUGUUUAUGAUUGUUGAGAAGAAGAAUAAUGUGAUAUUAUUUGCUGGUGUUUACGAGGAUCCAUCGCCAGUUUAGUAGCUACAAUUUCAAAAUUUUAGGCUUUCUAAUUAUUCUAUCUUUUGACUCUCGGUAAGUCCUCAAUUGACUAGUCUCUAAAUUACGGUGUAACUAGAGAAUUCAGCUUAUGACUCUAAAAAAUAUAAUACGGGUCUAACUACUUGAAUAUAAAAUAUGUUUUACUUCGUAUACUUUUAGAUUAUUUCAUUUAAAGUGUUCAUAAUUUAAAUAUUUUUUUAAGUAUUAUAUUAAGUACCUAAUAUCUAGUAGCGUAAAUAAUUGAAUUUACAAAAUAAAAAUUAUAACCUACUUAUUGCUAGCCAUAACACGUAAUUAUAAAAUUGAAUCCGUUUUUAUUAUUACUGAUUUGCUUAUUACUGCGGUUAAGUUUAGACAUGAGUCAUAAUAGAUUGAAUUAUUUUAUCAUUUGGUUACCGACUUAAAUUGAUUAAGUUAGGUAAUAAAAAAUUAUGUAAACACUGUUAAUAUUAGUGGUACCUGAUCUUAAUAAUACAUUUCGUUAAUUUAAACGGUCUGACACUUUUUAACUAAGUUUUAAAAUAUUUGGUGAGGGUUCGAUUCCCGCUCGUAUUCUGAUUAUUUUUUUCAUCAAAACGUAAUGUAACUACCCGCUCAUAUUGUUUUAAGUUACAGAAAGUAUGUUUAUUUAUUUUAUCGUCUUUUACGUCAAAACAGAAUAAUUGGUGAAUGUACAAUAAUUUAUUAUGUGACAGUCUUGUCUUCGUUGGUUGGAGAAUUUACCGCGAACGAAGCCGCGGGCAAAAGCUAAUAUGACUGUCAUUUGUAAUCGCGCUGAUGACAGCAUGUGCAAUUUUUUAGUUUGUUAAAUAAUUUUCAAGGUCCACCUAAUUUUUUUCCCUAAAUGUGUUCGAUGUUAAAUUCGUGACUCGUUUAAGUCAUAUUUUAGUUAUUUUAUUUGAUGUUUAAAGAUAAAUUAAUUUUAUUACAUAUCUGUACACAUGAUAAUUAUGGUGAUUUAAUUAAAAAUAGAUGAUUUACUUUUACUGGCUUUUACCCUUCAGCCGAGAUUCAAUUAUUCAAUUUACAGAUUUUUUUUUACAUAAUCUUGAAACCGUAAACAAAACAUGGACUGGUGUUCCGGAGGUUCCAUAAAAAUAAUUUUUAAAAAACCCUCUGAAUCGAAUUUGACCGGUUUUUUAUUUAUUUUAUUUCGUUUUACUGACUUCGAUGUAUUAUGAACAUUGUAGACAAACUUCUAUAGUUUUUACCUGUGUGGUGUUAAAUAUGUAACUAUUAGCUACGCCCGAAUUAAAUUAUAUAUUGUAAAAUAAAUAAAUAAAAAAACAACUAUAAUAAAUUAUGUGCUAAUUCUAUACUAUUGUCCGUACAUCUAAACAAUCCAAGAUGACCUCAAGGUCCAAACAAUCCAGUCGAUAAAUUACCCACAACUUCCUUUCAUUCUUUGUUGUUCUAACAAUCGGAACAGUUUUACUUCAUUAUAGACCUCUAACGCCGGCUCCACACUGUGGCCAAACUCAGACACAUGCCGACACGAAUGCGUGAACAUUGCGUAGUUAGUAUGAGUGUUUUUAUUUACCGCAAUGACAAACCAGCAAUGUAUACCGAAUAUGCCAAAGUUUGGCAAACUGUUCGACGACGUUGUAGAGCCGGCAUAACAAAGCACAUAAAUAAGUAUAUAUAUAUUUAGAUUAUUUUAUUUUAGCUUAUAUUAGUCCCAUAAUUACUGUGCUUUAAUAUCUCCUACUUGAUGUUGCCCGGGGCUUCGCAAGUUCGCACCCGUGGGAGUUUUGAUAUAAAAUAUGGCCUAUAGCAAUAUUGGAUAAUGUACCUUUCUAAUGGUAAAAGAAUUUUUGAAAUCGCUUCGGUAGUUUCGGAGAUUACCCGUAUUAAACAUACAAACUCACAAACGCUUACCUCUUUAUAACAAUAGUAUAGAUAUAGAACAUUAUAAAACAUCUUAGCAACAAAUAACAAAAAAAAAUUAAUAAUAAUAAUACCUAUUAACAAGAAAAACAAACAAUAAAUCUCUUACUUCCCGUCUGAUGUUAAAGUAACUCCAUUGAUAGUAAAUACAAUCCAGUUUUAAAAUGUCACUGAACUAAAGGGUACCCUACCCAGGUAUAAUAAUAUGUUUAUUUAGCUCUGAUCAUCAGUUAAAAUUUAAAAUGAGGUAUAAUAAAUUAAUACAUACUUACUCGUAGGUACUAGCUUAAUUCAUUCACAAAACAAAUAAAUAUCUAUCUAUCUAUACAAAUAAUAAUACUGUCUUUAUGUGACUAAACAGAAGCCGAAACCUUUUUUAUUUAAAAUUAUCUGUCUGUAUGUAUUUGCGCAUCACGCACUGAAUGUGAUGGGCUUUUUACAGUUGUAUAACCUAAAAUCUGGUAUAGGUUUCUUUAGAUCCCGAGGUAUCGAAAAGUACUUGUACCAUUUUGAAUCAGCAAUUCAGAAGUAAAUCGUGAUAAGGCGAAUGUGUUCAAGAAAAUAUUUCGUGCCAGCUUCACGCUGUCGCCGAACACUCGACGAGAAUGCGUGAAUAUUGCUUAGUUAAAUAGUAAUUAUGAGCCUAGCCUUUGUUUACCGCAAGUUUGGCAAAUAAGUCACGAUUAGAAUUCAGUUAAAAAUAACUAUGUUUAUGACUUGUGAAUGAUACACGUACGCCUAUUAAAAUGAAAAAAACAAGGACCUUACAAGCGCAUGAGAAGGAAGAUAGAUACUUACCUAUUUUGUUUUCUGAUUACUUUCUAUCACUUAUCAGUAAUUUAAAUAAGGUAUAUUCACACAAUAACCUUACAUUAUUGGUUGAGCAAUGAUGCUCUGAGGUGCGCUUGCUAAGUAAAUAAGUAGGUAUGUAUUAUGUGUAAUGUGUCUAUCAUGGAAUUAGUAGGUAACGGAGUAGGUUACCUCCUAAUUGCAUGGUGUGUAUAUAUUUUUUUUUGUCAAGAGUGGGUCGUUGAGUAUCUACUAUCUCAUCUGAGCAGUAUCCUGGUUGUUUCCUGUCUCGUGUACCUACCUAUUAUAGUUUUCAUUUAUCACUCAUCAAAGAAAGCAUCCUAAGAAAGAAUAGGUACAUCGUGAGGAAACUAUAACAGCACUCUUUUUGAUGAUACAUUAUAUCAAAAGAUUUAUUAGCUUGUGUUUGAGCAAUGGCUAACCACUCGAAUUAAAAGUGCCAAGAAAGUCGUUGUGUGUUCUUUCAAC